GAAAGAGACAAUGGUUCAUAAGUGUAAUUUGUGUCUUCUGAUAUUGAUCGUUCUUUCUUCACUUCUCACGGGUACCAGUGGAGUGAAUGAGACUCAUGUGUUCAUCAGUUCUGGUGAAGAUGUCCGUCUGCCCUGUAAUAAUGCUCUUCCUGACUGCAACUCAACUACAUGGAACUAUAACAGACAUUCAGCAGCAGUUGAACUGAUUGCUAGAGGAGUAUUUAUGAAACAAAUCGAGAGACAUGAGAGACUGAGUCUGGGGUCUGACUGCUCUCUGAACAUCAACAAAAUCUCAAAAGAAGAUUAUGGAUCUUACAGCUGCAGACAAUAUGUGAAUGAAACACAACAAGGAACAGAUGCUCGUAUUUUUCUACAUGUUCUUCAUGUCUCUUCAUCAACCUCAUCCUCACAGACUGGGAUCAGUGGAGGUCUCUCUGUGACUCUCUUCUGUCAGCUGUAUUCAUUUGCUGGAGUCUCUUGUGAUGAUUGGAUGAGUUCUGAGUGGAUUAAUCUGUUCUGGGUGAAUCAGGCUGGUGUUAAACUGAAUAUAUCAGACUCCAGAUAUCAGAGAUCAUCCUCAUCAGAUCACUGUAUCAUCUCUCUGACUACAACACUCCUGAAUGACGAUCACAACAGAGAGUGGAGAUGUGAAGUUACUCAGAGAGAUCAAGUCAAGGCCUCAGUCACACACACUGUCAAGAGAUCAGCUGAUUCAACGACAGCAGUGAUUCCAGUCCACAUUACAAACUCUCAGUAUCCCUUAACUACAAACACACACCUAACUAAAGUGAUUGUGGUCAUUGUUGAGUUUGCAGUGUUUGCUGCUCCUACUGUGAUUCUUCUUCAGAUCAUCUGUUCAAGAAGAGCAGGGAGGAAGGAUUCACAGCAGCCAGAAGAAAUAGAGAUGAAUACUUAUUAGAGUAAAACACUCUUCAAAUAACAGAUUACAGCUAGAUCUGUCUUCAUCUCGAUGAUAUGAUGAUAUUUAUACAGCUUAUGUGUAUAUUUGCUUCAUAACCUGUACUGAAUGCUUUAAAUAUAAUAAAUACAGAGAUCAACAGAAGUACUUUUAAUAACCAUGAAUAAUUACAAA